UCGCAGGGGGAAGAGCCUCUGACAUGAACCGGUGAUCAUCGGCGGAUUUUACGCGUCAUUUUCCCUGCUUGACCACCGGACCGGUGUCCCAUCACCGCUCCCAAGCUGAAUUUCAAGCGCACUCCAUCCGCAGGAGAGGAUCUGUGUUUUUUUUUUUUUUUUUUUCUUUGAACAGAGAGCUCGGGGAGACCUGCAGGACUUACGGCAGGGAGACGGCUGGCUGAGUCAGUGAAGGAGACAGACAAGGGCUGGGCUUGUGACCGGCUUCCAUCCUGUCCUUCAGAGCUUCCACAUCGUCCUGAGGGUGUCCGAGGAGUUGAAGGAGGGUGGUAUGUUCUGGUGUCGCCAAAUGGACGUGAGUGUGUGGGGAGAAUGCUAAUGAACGGCGCGCUGCGUCCUGCCCAGGCGCACAGUGCCACUCGCUGCUGCUGAGGGCCACAGCGGAGGAGAUCGCUCAUUCAAAACGCACCAGGGCCUCUACAUCAGCCGACUUCAGACUCCACCCUUGCAAGACAUUAUAUCGUUUCACCCCAUGAAUUAAUUAACCAACAUCUCCAGCAUCUGAGGUGUGUAUUUUCCCGACAGGACGUGAAGGGAGGGUGGGCAUCCCUUCCACCAGCUGCUGAAAAAAUGGGAAACAGUUUUUCUAACAUCUCUGCCUUCCAGUCUCUUCACAUUGUGAUGCUGGGUUUGGACUCUGCCGGUAAAACCACUGUUCUUUACAGACUCAAGUUCAACGAAUUUGUCAACACUGUGCCAACCAUCGGAUUCAACACUGAGAAGAUCAAGCUCAGCAACGGCACCGCCAAGGGGAUAAGUUGUCACUUCUGGGAUGUGGGGGGCCAGGAGAAGCUGAGGCCCCUGUGGAAGUCCUACAGCCGCUGCACGGACGGGAUCAUCUAUGUUGUGGACUCGGUGGACGUUGACAGGCUAGAGGAGGCCAAGACUGAGCUGCAUAAGGUCACCAAAUUCGCUGAGAACCAGGGCACGCCGCUCCUGGUGAUAGCCAACAAGCAGGACCUGCCCAAGUCUCUGCCAGUGGCGGAUAUUGAGAAGCAGCUGGCUCUCCAUGAACUCACCCCAUCCACCACUUACCACGUCCAGCCCGCAUGUGCCAUCAUAGGCGAGGGACUUCAUGAGGGCAUGGAUAAACUCUAUGAAAUGAUAGUCAAAAGGAGGAAAUCUCUAAAGCAAAAGAAGAAGCGAUAACAGCGGCCCAUAAAGGGUGUGUAGUCCAGUGUGCUACACAAAAUUACUGUAACUAAAUACUAUUCGGGUAUGCCAAUGUUGCCCUAACAAGAGGUUUACUUUGCAGUGAUUUUUGUAUAUCUUUUCGUUUGGGUUAUUGUCAAACUAGUUCGACGCUGUGAACCCCUGCUGAAUGAUGCUUUUGCACGCAUGAGGGUGCCUCUAUGGGUGCAGAAUAUAUACCAAGGUUAACCAAAUAAAGAAAAGAAACUUGAAAUGACUUUAGGACUCUUAGGAACUACAGCAUUGAGAAAGAUAAACGGGCUGGCCCGUUACUUGCUGCUCUACCAUGGAUUUUCAAUAUAGCUGGACAUUUUACUUUGAAGAAGCUCCUACGUUGUAGCUCACUGAGUACUUUUAUGGACAUUUCGAUUUUUUUUGUUUUGUUUCGUUUUGUUUGAUCCACAAGGUCCUCCAGGAAUGCUCCUGUGGAAACACAAGUUUUAUUUUGCACGUGGCUUGGGUCAUUUUCACUUCUGCCCUCUGCUCUUCUGAGAAAGACUGAUGCCAAGACUUUGUCUGUCGUAGGGGUCUGCUGGUAUGGAUGUCAUGCAGAUGAUCACAAGGUUUUUGGAGCAUUGAAGUAGCCUUUACUAUAACGUAGUGGGCUGAGGAUAGCAUUGCCUGCAACGUGUCCACUACUUUGCACUUUUCAUUUCCUAACAAAAUAGUAGAGUACUACACUGUAUAGAGGAGCAGAUCCAGAUGGUUUAUGUACUAAGAAGCCAAAAUUGAAGUAUUUUUUGAGUAUUAAAAGA